AUGCCCACGCCCCCGAGCCUUCCAAAGCCCAGCCCAGCCUGGCUUCAGAAAAGCCAAUUAAAGCUUUUGCCUCAUGGAGUAGAGCAAGAAGACUCUACCAAAUUCAUUAUCCUCACUCUGAUCUCCAUUGCUUGCAUCAUUGGGGUCCUCUUAGCUUCAGGGGUCCUCUAUUGCCUCCGCCAUAGUUCUCAUCACAAGCUGAAGGAGAAGCUUUCAGCACUAGGAGCUGAUUCAGGCUCAGAUGCCACUGCUGCCUACCAGGAGCUAUGCCGUCAGCGCAUGGCUGUCAAGACAUCCGAUCGGCCCGAGCCACUGCAUACUUCCCGUAUCAAUAGCGUUUCAUCACAGUUCAGCGAUGGACCCAUCCCUAGUCCUUCUGCUCGGAGCAGCACUUCUUCCUGGUCUGAAGAACCAGUGCAAUCCAACAUGGACAUCUCCACCGGUCACAUGAUCUUGUCCUACAUGGAAGAUCAUUUGAAGAAUAAGAAUCGACUGGAGAAAGAGUGGGAAGCCCUCUGCGCCUACCAAGCCGAGCCAAACACAUCUCUGGUAGCCCAGAAGGAAGAGAACGUGCAGAAGAAUCGUUCUCCUACUGUGCUGACGUAUGAUCAUUCCAGAAUACUUUUGAAAUCUGAAAACAGUCACGACAAUUCUGACUACAUCAAUGCAAGUCCUAUUAUGGAUCAUGAUCCCAGAAAUCCUGCGUAUAUUGCUACCCAAGGACCACUUCCAGCUACUGUGGCUGACUUUUGGCAGAUGGUCUGGGAGAACGGCUGCGUUGUUAUUGUCAUGCUGACACCCCUCACGGAAAACGGAGUCAAGCAGUGCUACCACUAUUGGCCAGAUGAAGGGUCCAACCUUUACCACAUCUACGAGGUAAAUCUGGUGUCUGAACAUAUCUGGUGUGAGGAUUUCCUUGUGAGAAGCUUUUAUUUGAAAAAUCUUCAAACCAAUGAAACCCGGACUGUAACCCAGUUCCAUUUCCUUAGUUGGUAUGACCAGGGAGUUCCUUCUUCUACAAGAUCACUUCUGGAUUUCCGCAGAAAAGUAAACAAGUGCUACCGGGGCCGUUCUUGUCCAAUUAUUGUUCACUGCAGUGAUGGCGCUGGAAGGAGCGGCACCUACGUGCUGAUUGACAUGGUUCUCAAUAAGAUGGCCAAAGGUGCUAAAGAGAUUGAUAUUGCUGCUACCCUGGAGCACUUGAGGGACCAGAGACCAGGCAUGGUCCAGACAAAGGAGCAGUUUGAAUUUGCCUUGACAGCAGUGGCUGAAGAAGUAAAUGCAAUACUAAAGGCGCUCCCCCAGUGAGCAUCCCCAUUCCUUGAAGCUUUCUGAAGACUCAUCCCUCAUCUCCUCAUCCUCCAUGCCUGUGAAUGUCGUUGGAAACUAUGACUUGACCUUAACUGUGUCUUCUAUUGUAACCACAUAAUCAUAGGGUCUUCAAAAUGCCUAUAGCUGAUACAGUUUAGCAGUUAAAAUGUGUAUUUUUGUUUAAUAAAAAUAUAUAGAAACAUCCAGUGUUGGGAAAGGGGGGAAUAACUCAUCUAUUCAUUUUCAUUUUCUUGAAAUAAUUUUUCACUUCCUGAAAGCACACAUUCCACGCACAUUUAAUUUCAAAUAACAUAACAGUAGUGGUUCAUUAAUUAAUAUAUUCUUAUGCUCUCAGAGAAGAAUGCUUAGUUUUCAUCUAUAGCUUUCCAAAGGAAGACUGAUAGGGUCUCAAAUUAAAAACUCACAGGUAAACAUCACAUUGGAGAUAUACAUAUAUGCAUGUAUG